AUGGGGAAAACUGGCAAAUGGAUAAGAAGCUUCUUGACUGGAAAGAAAGACAAAGAGAAAGAGAAAGAGAAGAAUGGAAGUGUUCAUCAUCAUCAUCAGCAGCAACAGAAUUCCGCCGUUGAACAGACUCCGGCAACUCCGAUCACAAUCCCGCCGACGACUCCGAAGGAGAAGAGGAGAUGGAGUUUCCGGCGGUCAUCUGCCACCGCGCCCGGUCAGAAGGAUUUCGGUUCAGGAGAUAUGAUUUCCACUACGCCGCCGUCAUCGCAGAUGGCCUUUCUGGAAACAGAGAAUGAUCAUAAAAAACACGCCUUGGCUGUCGCCGCCGCAACGGCUGCCGCCGCUGACGCCGCCGCCGCUGCCGCCAAGGCCGCUGCGGCUGUCAUUCAGUUGACCGCCGCUGCAUCUGGGAGAACAUCUGCAAUUGAAGAGGCUGCUGCCACCAAGAUUCAAUCUGUUUUUCGUGCUUAUUUGGCAAGGAAAGCUUUGAAUGCAUUGAAAGGAUUGGUAAAGUUGCAAGCUUUGGUAAGAGGGCAUCUUGUAAGAAAACAGGCAACCGCCACUUUAAGGUGCAUGCAAGCCUUGGUUACUGCUCAGGCUAGAGCUCGAGCUCAAAGGAUUCAGAUGACUGAAGAAUCAAAUACUUCCAAUCAUAAUUUGAAGCAAUUUAAUCAUAGGAAAUCAACCCAAGAAAACAGGUCGUGGAAUUCAUAUCAAGAUUGGGACAGAGGAAUGGAAGAAAACAUCAAAAUUGUGGAGAUGGAUAUAGGUGAUUCCAAAGGUAGCACAAAGAGUAGGAAUAGUUACUCAAACAAUGGACAAACAGACAGAAUGGAUCAUCGGAUGGCGACAAUUCGGGCAAGUCCAAAGCCAGAACAGAUCUCACCAUCACCUUCUGCAGUAACUGAUCUAAGUCCAAGAGCAUAUAGUAACCAUUUUGAGGAAUACUCAUUCGGGACAGCACAAAGCAGCCCUCAGUACUUUUCGUCAGUUUCGAAACCUGAUCCAUCAGGCAUUCCAUAUGGUUAUGCGCGAUCCGAAUAUGGGGAUUCGUUGUAUAACGAUUAUCCGUUCUAUCCAAGUUACAUGGCUAAUACAGAGUCUUCUAGGGCUAAAGUUAGGUCACAUAGCGCGCCGAAACAACGGCCUGAGUCAUUCGAGAGGCAGCCGAGCCGGCGUAGGCCGUCCAUUGAAGGAAGGAAUGUGCCUAGGGCUGUUAGAAUGCAGAGAUCAUCUUCACAUGUUGGUUCUGCAGCUCAGAAUUAUCAGUACCCUUGGUCAAUCAAGCUCGACAGAUCGGCGAUUUCGCUUAAAGACAGUGAAUGUGGAUCCACCACCUCUGUGUUGACUAACACCAAUUACUGCAGAUCCCUUGUCGGAUUUGAGGUACAUGGAGGUAGGUAUUAA